AAAUAAUAAAGGUAAAACGAUUUGCUUUCUUUUUUUUUGGUGGCUGAAAAAAAACAAAUGGCGAUGAUGCUUCUGCAAAUCCCUCCUUCGUCUUCCUUGUUGAACACCACAAACCUUCAAAUCCGAUUCUUCAACUCUUCAAUUCCAUCUUCCUCGAAGAAAUUCAGAUGCAGAGCCGUCCGUGAGAAAGCGGAGGAGAUUGAGAAGAACACUUCGUCGCCGUCUCCUCCUCCUCCUCCUCCUUCUGCUGAAGAAGUUACCAAGAAAUAUGGCCUCGAAGUUGGUCUAUGGAAGAUAUUGAGCUCUAAGGAUGAUGAAGGAAGUGAUGGAGAGGAUAAGAAGAAGAAAUCAAAGACAGAUGAGGCUAAAGAAUUGCUUGCUAAGUAUGGUGGUGCUUAUCUCGCUACGUCAAUAACACUUUCUCUCAUUUCCUUUUCACUUUGUUAUGUCCUCGUUACUUCAGGUGUUGAUGUUCAAGCUCUUCUUCUAAAGGUUGGGAUUUCGACGAAUGAGACUGGAGAGAAAGUAGGGGCUUUUGCUUUGGCUUACGCAGCGCAUAAAGCUGCAUCUCCGAUUAGGUUUCCGCCUACGGUGGCGUUGACUCCUAUUGUAGCCAGUUGGAUUGGGAAGAAAGUGGACAAGGAGAAGGAUGAAUAGUAGCUUAUUUCGGAGGUAUUAUAAUGUAGAUGUUCUAUAUACUACUUGAUAAUCAACAUACAGAAUCCUAUACAAUCCUCACUUAUCUAUCUUGUAUGUAAAAAGAUUGAAGCAUAUCUGAGAAUAUGAUGAUGAGUUAGAAAGAUACAAAAUCCAAGUUGUGAGAUAGUUUUAGACUUGUCUAUCUAAGAUCUGGUUGCUUGGAAAUUACGACUUUACUGUUCA